AUGAAAAAUGUACACAGGUCUUGGAUUAUGGAUGUCCCAUGGAUUGCGAGGAAUGUAAAGAAUGCGUCUGUGUCUUCAGAUCUGCAGAUUAAAGACUGUGGAGCUUGUAUAAAAUGCCCUACCUGCUCUUGUCUUAUAGAGAACAGCAAUGUUCAGGUACAGACUCCAUGGCCAGGCCUUCCUAAAGGUGUGCGGUUCGAGCCAACCGAUGAAGAAGUGAUCGAGCAUUUGGAAGCUAAGUGUGGGAUCUAUGGCUUAAAGCCACAUCUUUGUAUCCAAGACUUUAUCUGCUCUUCAGUGAGUGAUAUCAAUUACACUCACCCUCAAAACCUUCCAGGUGUGAAAAAGGAUGGAACUAGUGCCUUCUUCUUUAACAAGACGGUGAAGGCAUAUACAAAUGGGGAGAGAAAGAGGAGACGGGUCACACCGUCGGGUCUCAAGGAUGAAGCGGUUCGCUGGCACAAGACAGGUAAAACCAAACCGGUCAUGCUCAAUGGAGUCCAGAGAGGCUCCAAGAAGUUCAUGGUGCUCUACAAGAGCGCGAAGAAGGGAUUAAAACCCGAGAAAUACAGAUGGGUUUUGCACCAGUACCACUUGGGAACGGAAAAGGAGAAGAUUGGAGAAUAUGUUGUUUCCAAGAUCAUGUAUCAGCAACAAACGCAAUCUGCGGGUGAGAGUGAGAGUUUUAGGGUUCGAGGUGGCACAAGAAGGCCGAAAACUACUAAUCCUACACCACCAAGACCUGUGGUUUCUGUUGCUGAGGAUGAUCAUAUAGCUUAUGAUGAUACUGAGAUGGUUCUUGAUCCAUUGGUCCAGGGACUGGAGACCAUUCCACAAGCUUCUUGUGGUUCGACCUCACACGAAAGAGCUCAACGAGUUGAAGAAGAUCCAUCGUCCAUUGUGGAGAAGAAACCGAAUCAUUGGGAUAUCGACAUUGGGUCUGAAAACUUUAUAGUGCCAGAGUCGGAGAAUGCAGACUUAGGGACUCUCCCUGAUUUCCAUUCCUUUGCUUCUGAGGACAGUUUAUUGAAUUGUCUAGGAUGGAUUUGA